AUGUUUCGUGAUAACCAAGACAGUCCAAUUCCACAAAGUAAAAUAAACAGUAAAAAUGUGAAUUCCGGUAUCAGUAUGGAAGGGAGGCGUAAUUCUAAAAUCAGUAAACCAGGAGAUAAAACCGUAGGGACAUCAAGAUCUCUGUUCAACAGAACCAGUUCUCCAAAAGGAAGGCACAGUAUGCAGGGCUCAUUUUUUUAUUAA